AUGACAAAUUAUCUUAAAGUCUAAUAAGAAUCAGAAAUACGUUAAUCAAAUGAAUAUUCUCAGUCAAGAGAGCUAUAAUUCUUCCCUACUCAGCAAUUAGCUUGUCCAACAUGCAUCUCUAGAUAUAAACAAGCAUCAUAUUGCUUAAAAGCUUAAACUAUCGAGUACUGUUGCUCUCCUUUUGAUAAUUCUACUAAUUGCAAUACAAAUUCAACUAAUGGAGUAGUUUGCUCUCCAAGAUAAGAUAUCUCAGGUGUAUUCAUAAACUCAUAUUGCAAAGGAGCAUCUUCUCCUACUUCAUGUGGAGUGGAUAGUUUAGAGUUGAUUGCUUCUGAUUCCACAAAAACAGUUAAUGUCAGUAGUCUACCCUUUUCUGUCAAAGUGCAAAAUAGUCUCAGCUAUUUAGCUUGCUAUUAUCAUAUAAAACCUCUUCAAUACACUUGGAAAAAUGGAGCUUAAAUUAAAGUCAAAAUUGAAAAGGCAGGAAACGUCUCUGCUUAUCUUUUCGGAGGAACAUCAAGAGAUAAUGCUUCUAUUUCAAUUAUUGCUAAUAAUGCAACUGCUACAGUUAGUACUGAAUAUACAGUGGACGCAAGCACUGAGAUCAUUAUCGUUGUAAAUCCAAAUCUUAAUUAGGCAAUUACAAGCUUUACCUUUUCUUUCUCAAUAUCAGGUUCUUAAUAUAGCUGGUGGGAAAAGUUGAUUAUGGGGCCUAAUGGGCAAAUUUACUUCUGGGUUGCUAUCGGUUGUGGUGCUUUAAUUGUCUUUGUUUUGCUAGCAGUGAUAAUUUUCUUGAUUGUUAGAUGCUGUAGAAAAAGUUCAUAAGUAGGAAAUGAUGAUGGUGAAAGAAAUCACACAGAUGGAAGUAAUAAACAAUUUGGGAAGUAACCGUCACUUAAUGGUAAAAAUAGAGGGAAUCCAAGUAGUGGAGAUGAUGACUUUACUAUUCGGUACCAAAACGAGAAUACCACUUUUGACAAUAAAGCUAUAAUAGGUCCAAGUUAAGGAAGGCCAGUUAUUUAGAAAUAUGAUGCAGCUCCUUUAGUUAAUGGACCAGGUGGAACAAAAGAGGAUGAGUACUACUCAAAUCCUUUCUUACCUUAGAACAUUUAGAAAAACAAGUAAAACAAUAUGGGUAACAAAAGUAACGAUAUGGGAAAUAGAGGAAGAAGAUGA